AUGAGACGUCUAAAAAAAAAAAAUGCUACUAUUCUCUCCCCUCAUUUCCCAUUUCUCCUUAUUGCCAGAAAUGCUGCUAUAGCAGGCCAAGCAACAGCUCAACCUCCUUUUGCCGAACCUCCUGUCGCACCACCUCCCGAACCUCCUGCCGCCGCACCUCCUGCCGAACCUCCUGCAGCGGCCUCAUCUCCUGCCGAACCUCCUGCCGCUGCCCCCUCUCCCCCCUCCACUGCAUCAUCCCCUGAUAUUGCUACUCCCCCCUCACUUCCCCCCGCCUCUCCCCCUGCACUUCCCCCCGCCUCCCCCCCUGCACUUCCCCCCGCCUCCCCCCCUGCACUUUCCCCCGCCUCUCCCCCUGCUCUCUCCCCAGCCUUUCCCCCUAUUCUCCCCCACGUCCCCCCUCCCACUCCCCCUCCCCCUGACCUAGGUUCCCCUUCCCCCUCCACUCCCCUCGCCCCUGCCCCCGCCCCUUCCCCUGAUUUCCCCACCGCCAUCUCCCCUGCUCCUUCCCCUGCCCUUGCCCCAGCGCCCUCCCCAAUCGCCUUUCCCCCUGAGUUUCCCCCCGAGCUUCCCCCAGCUGCUUCCCCCCUUCCCCCGGAUGUCCCCCAGCCUUCCCCUCACCCCCACAGACCCCCUAAACGACACCCUCCACGCGCCCCCCAACCCCCUCCCCCCUCCGAGCCGCCAACUGUGCCUCCCGUCGAACCUCCCGCCGAACCUCCCGCCGAACCUCCUGCCGAACCUCCUGUUGAGCCUCCGAGCCUUUCACCUGCUCCUAGCCCUUCCCCCUCCCCCUCUGCUGUCUUCCCCCUUGCCCCUUCUCCUCCCCCACUUCUCUCUCCCCACCCCCAUCGUUUCCCCCCAACUGCCCCCACUCUCUCCUCCCCUUCCUCAUCCCCUCCUCCUUCCCCACCUCCUUCCUCCUCUCACCCUCCUUCCUCACUCUACCCCCCUCCGCACACUCUCCCCCAUCCCUCCCCUUCACUCCCCCCUCCCCCGCCUGAUUCCCUUCCCCAACCCCUUCCCCAACCCCUUCCCCUUCCCCCUCCCCCUCCCCUCCAUCAUCCCGUGAAACGCCACCCCCCUCUCUAUGCAGGCACACCCCGCAGCUUAGCACCAGUCACCCUCACACCUCCCCCUCCUCCCCCCUCUCCCCCUCCUCCUUCCACUCCUCCCUCUCCUCUUCCUCCUCCCUCUCCUCCUCUCCUCCAAUCCGCCCCUCCUCCGAGCCUUUUCCCAUCCCUCCCUCCUGGUGCUCUCACCCCCGCCCCGCCUCCCCCCCUGCUUGCUCCGCCUCCUCCUCUGUUUUCUCCUCCGCAUUUCACCAUCGGCCCAUCAAAAAAGGGGACCUUACACUCUCUGCUGCAUGGGAGAAGAGGAGAAAGAGGGGAAGGGGGAGAAAGAAAAAAAGGGCGUGAGAGGGAGGAGGAAGGGGGAGAAAGAGGCGAGGAAGGAGGAGAAGAGGCUUCCAAUGCUCCUCUACUCCCUCCUCUCUCUGCACCUCCCCUCACCCCCCCUCCUCUGUCCCCCUUAGACUGGCCUCAGAGGCUCAAAAUAGCACUGGGGAUCGCCCAGGGCUUGCGGUAUUUACACGAGGAUGCAUCCCCUUCGAUUAUCCACCGAGACCUGAAAUCUGCCAAUGUGCUGAUUGAUAGGGAUUUUGUGCCUAAGAUUGCUGAUUUUGGCCUGGCUAGGACGGUGGGAGUUGGACAGGAGAAGGGGUUGGGUAGCGCUGUGGUGGAAGGGAGGGGAGAAGGCAGGAGAGGGGAUGGGGGAAGUGAGAGCAUGGAGGGGGAGGGGGAGGGGGAGGGGGAGGGCAGGGAGAGAGAGGGAGAAGAGGGGGGGAAAGGAGGUUGGCAAGAGGAAGGGGAGGAGAGCGGGGAGGGUGAGAGGGGAUGGUUGAUGGGAAGGAGAGGAGGAGGCGUGGUCGGGCGGAGGAAAAGGGUAUCAGAGGAGAUAUUCGAGCGGAGGGGAAUGAUAUCAGAACAAAGGGUAUCAGCACAAAUGGUAUCAGGACAUUUGGUGGGCACGUUCGGCUAUAUGGCUCCAGAAUACACACUCACAGGGAGUUACAGUCUCAAAAGUGAUGUAUACAGCUUCGGCGUAAUCCUCCUGGAGCUUCUCACCGGACGUAAACCUGUGGUCCGGGCCGAGCCUGGAGGUGUGGGGAGCCUCGUGCAGUGGGCCAGGCCGCUGCUUGCCAAGCCUCGGCUGCAGGUUCGGCAGCUCGCCGAUCCGUUGCUGGAGGGGAGGUUCGACGAGGGGAGCCUGGUUCGGAUGGCUGUGGUGGCUGGGAUGUGUGUUGCGGUUGAGGCUGGGAAACGGCCGGCCAUGAGUCAAGUGGUGGAGACCCCCUUCACCUCCACCCCCACCCGAUCCCUCCUCUCCCCUUCUCACUCCUCCUCCACUCACUCCUCCCCCACUCGUCCUCCCACGCGCACCCCCCAGCUCUCCUCCCUCGCCUCACUACCUCACCCUCACACCCAUCCCUCCCGUCUCCGCCCCUCCCAUCCCUCCCCCUACUCCUCCCCUCAACCCCCACACUUCCCCUCCCACCCCCGCUCCCACUCCCUCUCUCACUCCCUCACCCACUCCCCCUCUCACUCCCCCUCUCGCUCCUCCUCCCUCGCCUCCCCUCACCACACCCCCAGACUCCACCAUCCCUCCUUCCCACCGCCCCACUACCCCUCCCCAGAUAUACCUUCCCCAGCUGCCGCCUCCCCUGCUUCUUACUUAUCAGCAGAAGAGGGGUUUGAAAACCCGGGGGGAGGGGAGAGUACGAGGGGGGGCGAGGGGAGUGGCGCAGGGGGGGUAGGGUUCCCCCUGCUGCCGCCCGUGCCAGAGGCAGAACGGGCAGCCAUGCCGAGACUGUUGAGAAUGACCGUGCAAGGGCUGGACUACAGGGGGGGUAGGGUUCCCCCUGCUGCCGCCCGUGCCAGAGGCAGAACGGGCAGCCAUGCCGAGACUGUUGAGAAUGACCGUGCAAGGGCUGGACUACAGGUGAGGAGGAACGCAUUGGUUUUCUGUGUGGGAUAUGGUGUAUGGGGAGAGCUUGCUGGGAGUGGCGCAGGGGGGGUAGGGUUCCCCCUGCUGCCGCCCGUGCCAGAGGCAGAACGGGCAGCCAUGCCGAGACUGUUGAGAAUGACCGUGCAAGGGCUGGACUACAGGGGGGGUAGGGUUCCCCCUGCUGCCGCCCGUGCCAGAGGCAGAACGGGCAGCCAUGCCGAGACUGUUGAGAAUGACCGUGCAAGGGCUGGACUACAGGUGAGGAGGAACGCAUUGGUUUUCUGUGUGGGAUAUGGUGUAUGGGGAGAGCUUGCUGGGAGUGGCGCAGGGGGGGUAGGGUUCCCCCUGCUGCCGCCCGUGCCAGAGGCAGAACGGGCAGCCAUGCCGAGACUGUUGAGAAUGACCGUGCAAGGGCUGGACUACAGGGGGGGUAGGGUUCCCCCUGCUGCCGCCCGUGCCAGAGGCAGAACGGGCAGCCAUGCCGAGACUGUUGAGAAUGACCGUGCAAGGGCUGGACUACAGGUGAGGAGGAACGCAUUGGUUUUCUGUGUGGGAUAUGGUGUAUGGGGAGAGCUUGCUGGGAGUGGCGCAGGGGGGGUAGGGUUCCCCCUGCUGCCGCCCGUGCCAGAGGCAGAACGGGCAGCCAUGCCGAGACUGUUGAGAAUGACCGUGCAAGGGCUGGACUACAGGGGGGGUAGGGUUCCCCCUGCUGCCGCCCGUGCCAGAGGCAGAACGGGCAGCCAUGCCGAGACUGUUGAGAAUGACCGUGCAAGGGCUGGACUACAGGUGAGGAGGAACGCAUUGGUUUUCUGUGUGGGAUAUGGUGUAUGGGGAGAGCUUGCUGGGAGUGGCGCAGGGGGGGUAGGGUUCCCCCUGCUGCCGCCCGUGCCAGAGGCAGAACGGGCAGCCAUGCCGAGACUGUUGAGAAUGACCGUGCAAGGGCUGGACUACAGGGGGGGUAGGGUUCCCCCUGCUGCCGCCCGUGCCAGAGGCAGAACGGGCAGCCAUGCCGAGACUGUUGAGAAUGACCGUGCAAGGGCUGGACUACAGGUGAGGAGGAACGCAUUGGUUUUCUGUGUGGGAUAUGGUGUAUGGGGAGAGCUUGCUGGGAGUGGCGCAGGGGGGGUAGGGUUCCCCCUGCUGCCGCCCGUGCCAGAGGCAGAACGGGCAGCCAUGCCGAGACUGUUGAGAAUGACCGUGCAAGGGCUGGACUACAGGGGGGGUAGGGUUCCCCCUGCUGCCGCCCGUGCCAGAGGCAGAACGGGCAGCCAUGCCGAGACUGUUGAGAAUGACCGUGCAAGGGCUGGACUACAGGUGAGGAGGAACGCAUUGGUUUUCUGUGUGGGAUAUGGUGUAUGGGGAGAGCUUGCUGGGAGUGGCGCAGGGGGGGUAGGGUUCCCCCUGCUGCCGCCCGUGCCAGAGGCAGAACGGGCAGCCAUGCCGAGACUGUUGAGAAUGACCGUGCAAGGGCUGGACUACAGGGGGGGUAGGGUUCCCCCUGCUGCCGCCCGUGCCAGAGGCAGAACGGGCAGCCAUGCCGAGACUGUUGAGAAUGACCGUGCAAGGGCUGGACUACAGGUGAGGAGGAACGCAUUGGUUUUCUGUGUGGGAUAUGGUGUAUGGGGAGAGCUUGCUGGGAGUGGCGCAGGGGGGGUAGGGUUCCCCCUGCUGCCGCCCGUGCCAGAGGCAGAACGGGCAGCCAUGCCGAGACUGUUGAGAAUGACCGUGCAAGGGCUGGACUACAGGGAGGGUAGGGUUCCCCCUGCUGCCGCCCGUGCCAGAGGCAGAACGGGCAGCCAUGCCGAGACUGUUGAGAAUGACCGUGCAAGGGCUGGACUACAGGUGAGGAGGAACGCAUUGGUUUUCUGUGUGGGAUAUGGUGUAUGGGGAGAGCUUGCUGGGAGUGGCGCAGGGGGGGUAGGGUUCCCCCUGCUGCCGCCCGUGCCAGAGGCAGAACGGGCAGCCAUGCCGAGACUGUUGAGAAUGACCGUGCAAGGGCUGGACUACAGGGGGGGUAGGGUUCCCCCUGCUGCCGCCCGUGCCAGAGGCAGAACGGGCAGCCAUGCCGAGACUGUUGAGAAUGACCGUGCAAGGGCUGGACUACAGGUGAGGAGGAACGCAUUGGUUUUCUGUGUGGGAUAUGGUGUAUGGGGAGAGCUUGCUGGGAGUGGCGCAGGGGGGGUAGGGUUCCCCCUGCUGCCGCCCGUGCCAGAGGCAGAACGGGCAGCCAUGCCGAGACUGUUGAGAAUGACCGUGCAAGGGCUGGACUACAGGGGGGGUAGGGUUCCCCCUGCUGCCGCCCGUGCCAGAGGCAGAACGGGCAGCCAUGCCGAGACUGUUGAGAAUGACCGUGCAAGGGCUGGACUACAGGUGAGGAGGAACGCAUUGGUUUUCUGUGUGGGAUAUGGUGUAUGGGGAGAGCUUGCUGGGAGUGGCGCAGGGAGGGUAGGGUUCCCCCUGCUGCCGCCCGUGCCAGAGGCAGAACGGGCAGCCAUGCCGAGACUGUUGAGAAUGACCGUGCAAGGGCUGGACUACAGGGGGGGUAGGGUUCCCCCUGCUGCCGCCCGUGCCAGAGGCAGAACGGGCAGCCAUGCCGAGACUGUUGAGAAUGACCGUGCAAGGGCUGGACUACAGGUGAGGAGGAACGCAUUGGUUUUCUGUGUGGGAUAUGGUGUAUGGGGAGAGCUUGCUGGGAGUGGCGCAGGGGGGGUAGGGUUCCCCCUGCUGCCGCCCGUGCCAGAGGCAGAACGGGCAGCCAUGCCGAGACUGUUGAGAAUGACCGUGCAAGGGCUGGACUACAGGGGGGGUAGGGUUCCCCCUGCUGCCGCCCGUGCCAGAGGCAGAACGGGCAGCCAUGCCGAGACUGUUGAGAAUGACCGUGCAAGGGCUGGACUACAGGUGAGGAGGAACGCAUUGGUUUUCUGUGUGGGAUAUGGUGUAUGGGGAGAGCUUGCUGGGAGUGGCGCAGGGGGGGUAGGGUUCCCCCUGCUGCCGCCCGUGCCAGAGGCAGAACGGGCAGCCAUGCCGAGACUGUUGAGAAUGACCGUGCAAGGGCUGGACUACAGGUGA